GCGUCAUUGAAGAGAGACCAUGAUGGCGGCGGCCGCGGCGGCGGGGGGAGCCCCCGAGGUGAUCGCCCAGCUGGAGAGCGCGGCCAAAGUGCUGAUGGCACCACCUUCCAUGGUCAAUAAUGAACAACGUCAGCACGCUGAGCACAUAUUCUUAUCUUUUAGAAAAUCAAAAUCGCCAUUUGCUGUCUGCAAGCAUAUUUUAGAAACAAGUAAAGUGGACUAUGUCCUUUUCCAAGCCGCCACAGCAAUUAUGGAAGCAGUUGUGCGAGAAUGGAUUCUGUUGGAGAAAAGUAGUAUUGAAUCACUGCGAACAUUCCUUUUAACGUAUGUCUUACAACGACCUAACCUCCAGAAGUAUGUACGGGAACAGAUAUUAUUAGCAGUAGCAGUAAUAGUGAAACGAGGAUCAUUAGACAAAUCAAUUGACUGCAAGAGCAUUUUUCAUGAAGUCAGCCAGUUGAUAAGCAGCGGUAACCCCACUGUGCAAACGCUGGCCUGUUCUAUUUUAACGGCACUGUUGAGCGAGUUCUCAAGUUCAAGCAAAACCAGCAAUAUUGGACUAAGCAUGGAGUUCCACGGUAAUUGCAAACGAAUAUUUCAAGAGGAAGAUCUCCGCCAGAUCUUCAUGCUCACAGUAGAGGUACUGCAGGAAUUCAGCCGGUGUGAAAACCUUAAUGCUCAGAUGUCUUCAGUCUUUCAGCGUUAUCUUGCACUAGCAAAUCAGGUCUUAAGCUGGAAUUUCCUUCCUCCAAAUGUAGGCAGACAUUAUAUAGCGAUGUUUGAAUCCUCGCAAAAUGUGAUGCUAAAGCCAACAGAGUCCUGGCGCGAGACCCUCCUGGACAGCAGAGUGAUGGAGCUUUUCUUCACAGUGCAUCGAAAGAUUAGAGAAGACACAGAUAUGGCACAAGACUCGCUGCAGUGUCUAGCUCAGCUUGCCUCUCUUCACGGGCCAGUAUUUCCUGACGAGAGCUCACAAGUCGAUUACUUAGCUCAUUUCAUUGAGGGAUUGCUCAACACGAUCAAUGGAAUUGAAAUAGAGGACUCCGAAGCAGUGGGAAUAUCUAGUAUAGUCAGCAACUUGAUCACUGUAUUUCCUCGCAAUAUAUUAACAGCCAUUCCAAAUGAACUAUUUUCUUCCUUUGUUAACUGCCUCACACACCUCACUUGCUCUUUUGGAAGGAGUGCUGCUUUGGAAGAGGUGCUUGACAAAGAUGACAUGGUAUAUAUGGAGGCAUAUGACAAACUGUUGGAGUCUUGGCUGACUUUAGUGCAAGAUGACAAACAUUUCCAUAAAGGCUUCUUUACCCAGCAUGCUGUUCAGGUUUUUAAUUCAUACAUCCAGUGCCACUUGGCUGCUCCUGAUGGUACAAGGAAUAUGACUGCCAACGGUGUAGCCUCUAGAGAAGAAGAAGAAAUAAGUGAGUUACAAGAGGAUGACAGAGACCAGUUCUGUGACCAGCUGGCCAGCGUAGGCAUGUUAGGAAGAAUUGCUGCCGAACACUGUAUACCUCUUCUUACAAGCUUAUUGGAAGACAGAGUGACGCUGCUCCAUGGCCAGUUGCAAAGGCAUCAGCAGCAGUUAAUUGCCUCACCAGGAUCCGGCUCUGUGGAUAAUAAAGUGCUUGAUGAUCUGUAUGAGGAUAUUCAUUGGCUUAUUCUAGUCACAGGCUACCUCUUAGCUAAUGAUACUCAGGGAGAGACUCCGCUAAUACCUCCAGAAAUAAUGGAGUAUUCCAUUAAGCAUUCAACUGAGGUUGACAUCAAUACAACGCUUCAAAUUCUUGGAUCUCCAGGAGAAAAGGCCUCUUCCAUUCCAGGGUACAACAGAACCGAUUCUGUUAUUAGGUUAUUGUCUGCUAUUCUAAGAGUUUCAGAAGUGGAAUCGCGAGCAAUAAGAGCAAAUCUAACGCACCUUUUGAGCCCUCAGAUGGGAAAAGAUAUUGUAUGGUUCCUUAAACGGUGGGCGAAAACCUACCUCUUAGUGGAUGAAAAACUGUAUGACCAGAUAAGUCUGCCAUUCAAUACAGCAUUUGGUGCUGACACAGAGGGUUCUCAGUGGAUUGUGGGUUACCUUUUAGAAAAAGUCAUCAGCAACCUUGCAGUGUGGAGUUCUGAGCAAGACCUGGCAAACGACACAGUGCAAUUGCUAGUAACGUUGGUAGAAAGGAGGGAAAGGGCAAAUUUAGUAAUUCAGUGUGAAAACUGGUGGAACUUGGCUAAGCAGUUUGCGAGGCGGAAUCCACCUCUUCAUUUUUUAUCAAGUUCAGUUCAGCGUACACUAAUGAAGGCCUUGGUUCUAGGAGGUUUUGCUCAUAUGGACACAGAUACUAAACAGCAAUACUGGACAGAGGUUCUUCAACCACUUCAACAAAGAUUCUUGAAUGUGAUAAACCAAGAGAACUUCCAGCAGAUCUGCCAAGAGGAAGAAGUGAAACAGGAAAUCACAGCAACCUUAGAAGCACUUUGUGGCAUCGCUGAGGCUACCCAGAUAGACAAUGUAGCAAUUCUCUUUAAUUUUCUAAUGGACUUCCUUACCAAUUGUAUUGGACUAAUGGAGGUGUACAAGAAUACACCAGAGACUGUUAACCUCAUCAUAGAAGUUUUUGUUGAAGUUGCACAUAAACAAAUAUGCUAUCUUGGAGAGUCUAAAGCCAUGAAUUUAUAUGAAGCCUGUCUGACCCUACUUCAAGUGUAUUCCAAGAAUAAUUUAGGUAGACAACGAAUAGAUGUUACGGCAGAAGAGGACCAAUACCAGGACCUUCUUCUCAUCAUGGAGCUUCUUACUAAUCUGCUUUCAAAAGAAUUUAUAGACUUCAGUGAUACAGAUGAAGUAUUUAGAGGACAUGAUCCAGGGCAAGCGACAAGCAGAUCUGUGUCAGCAGCAGAUGUAGUCUUAUACGGAGUGAAUCUUAUCCUGCCUUUAAUGUCCCAAGAUCUCCUAAAAUUUCCAUCACUGUGUAAUCAGUACUACAAACUGAUUACAUUUAUUUGUGAAAUAUUUCCUGAGAAGAUUCCACAGCUUCCGGAAGACUUGUUCAAAAGCCUUAUGUAUUCAUUAGAAUUAGGGAUGACGUCAAUGAGUUCUGAUGUUUGCCAGCUCUGUUUGGAAGCUUUGACGCCAUUAGCGGAACAAUGUGCAAAAGCACAGGAGACGGACUCUUCCCUCUUUUUAGCAACAAGGCACUUUCUUAAGAUGGUUUUUGAUAUGCUCGUUCUGCAGAAGCACAAUACAGAGAUGACAGCUGCAGCAGGUGAAGCAUUUUACACGUUAGUAUGCUUGCAUCAGGCUGAAUAUUCGGAAUUAGUUGAAACGUUAUUAUCAAGCCAACAAGACCCUAUCAUUUACCAGCGGUUAGCUGAUGCCUUUAACAAGCUUACUGGAAGCAGCACUCCGCCUACGCUGGACCGUAAGCAGAAGAUGGCCUUCCUCAAAAGUUUAGAAGAUUUUAUGUCAAAUGUUGGUGGACUCCUCUGUGUAAAAUAAAACGCCAGAACUGUAUGCCUAACUUAGACCCUUUCUGCAAAACUGCCCUGAGAAAUGCUGAAAGCUGACUUUUAUCUUAAUUCUUGUUUCUGGGUUGUUGUUUUUUCUCAGCCAUCCUAGGAUUUUAGAGAGCCUGGAAGUUUUGGUAUAGCAGAGUGGAAUAGGAGAGGACAGCUUUAAAAUCAGCUUCUGCUAAUGUAUUUUAGCUACAGUCUUGACGUACCUUUCUAUGUUGUACAGAAUAAACAAACUGAGAGCUUACAAAGAAUUCCACAAGUGCAUACAGAUAACGGGCACAGUUAAAAACAAGAACCAGUGCCUUGCCCCUCAAUGGCCCUGAAAUAGCGACCAUUCGGACUUCGAAAAAAGAUUGUUUUUUGUUGCUAUAAACCCUUCUAGUGUGUGGUGUAAGCACAUGCAGGACUGUAAAACAAUUCUAAGCUUUAUUUUUUUUCCUCUGAAAAUGGAGCGCGUGAUCCAGAAGAAGAAAAAGAGAACCACCAAAUGAUAUUUUUUAACUUGGAUUUAGUUUUUUUUUUUUUUUGGGGAGUUACGCUUUUGUUUUUACAUCAACCUGGCGUUGCAUGUUUUUGUGUAAUACAAGUUUCUACAUUAUAUGCUGCUGCCUAAAGUUCAGAAAGAAGAAAGUUGUAUAUUUUUGUUUCCCCUGAAAUGAACUUUAGGAACUGUAGCCAUUUCAUUGCCUUAAUUUAAAAACAAAUAAGCACGCUUGGGUGAGAAGUCUAAGGCAAGGUUUGGGUCUUCAGAACUGGUCUAGAAUGUUGGCAUUAAGCUGCUGGGUACCUGUUUUGCAGCCCUUCUAUAUGUUGCAAGUAUUAUGUCAGUACGAGUGUCACAGAAAAGUUCAUGUGUCGUUUUAUUUUCAGUAUCUCUUGAUUCGUGCCCAGGUCGUACACAACUGGUGUGUAUUUCUAGACUGAACUGUUUGCUGAAGCAAUAAUGAUUCAAAAGGUGUAAAUUAUUGAUUUAUAUGAACUGUUCUUUUAUGUUGGGGCAUUGGAUGCAACGGCUAGACUGUGAGUGUCAAACACUUCUAGCCAAAGGCCACGCACAUUUUGAUUUCAAGAUCCAGAAUCCUGAACGGGGGGGUCUGAUGUCUCACCAUCACGGUCAGAUCCACGGUGCUGUCUUCUGCUGCUCUGAUCCCACUUAUUCUAUGUGUUGGCACUUUAAAGAUUACCUGUAUGGUUUCAUCCUGCAUCCACCAAAUAGGAGGCUGCAGUGGGAACAAAGUGGCAGGAACUCAAGAAUAUGGAAGCAGGGAAUUUUCUAUUAGUUACAAGCCAAACUCAACCAACGCAAAUGUACAUGCUGCUGGUUAAACUGAACCAUUUUUUAAUGAAGGAAGCGGCUAAUUUGUCUCCCAGGCCUUGAACUUCACACCCCUGCAAGAUUUGUGUUAUUGGACAUUUUCCAAAUGACGGUUUUUACAUUUUAUAUUGAGGGGUGGGGGGGGGUGGGGAUAGAUAAAUACUCACUUUUUCACUGCUGUGAGUAGCAUCAUGUUUGCAAUUCCGUGCCAUCCUUCAGCUGUUCAUCUCAAAAUGUAAUUUCACUACCUAGAAUUAUAUACAAUAUGAAAUCUUUAGCACUAUGGAGUGCUGUAAGGGUCCAAAACCUAACUUCUUUGAUUCCUUGUUGAUAAGCCACGAACCCAGAAGGGUAGGAUGUGUCAUUGAGUCUGUUUAAAAAAACAACAAACAAAAAACCUUCCUCUAAGCUUUCAGCCUUUUGUACUGUGGAAGGCUUUCACGGCCAGAAUCAGCUGGCUGUUGCCGGCUUUCCAAGCUGCGUGGCUGUCAUCUGGUAAUUUUUGCUCCUAAUGUUUCACCUUUAUCUAUGGCUGGCAUCUUCAGAGACAGGUCAUGGUGAGAUGUGUUUCUUUCCAUGGCACAGUGUAAAUCUAUGAAGAUAUCACCCAUAGAUGCAGGCAAAACAUUAUGAGCAAAAACUACUAGACUACAGCCCCAACAAUCCGGAAAACCCGCAACAGCUAAUUCAGCCUUUUCAUACAAUUAAGGCUUGCUGGAGCAAAUUGUCUCCACGCAAUAAAGUAUCUGAUAGGCUUAUUAGAGUACGGUUCAAUUCAGAUGUCAUGACUACCAUCAGUAGUUUGCUCUGUGCUCACAUUUCCCUUGUAUACUCUUUCUAGUUCUAUACCCUGCUCAGGAUAAAGAUGACAGGGGAUUUGUGAAUUCAUCUGCCAUUUCCUGGACUGUCUUUGUUCCAGAAUGUUCCACUUGGGUCCUCUCGCUUACCUAAUUCUGUCCCCAAGGCACUAGGACCCAAGCAGAGCAUUCUAGAACAAAAACGGUGCAGGAAGUGGUGGGUGAAUUCAGAAAUCUCAUCAUCUUUAUCUUGAACAGGGUAUAGAUUGUGAUAGUUUGUCAUCACAUUCAAAUUGGCUGGAUUUAUGUAAUUACUUCAAACCACAGCUUGCCACCAAACCAGAAUGGUACAUUAGAGUUUGAAGCAGGAGCCUUAAGUUCCUGAGGGUCACAAUCCUGAUUUAGCUGUGACAUUUAAAUAGAGCCUUAAAUUUUUUCCAUCACAGUUCCUGUUGCUUCUGCCAUUGCUAGGAUGGUAUUAGUGAUACGUGUAGAAUGAGGAAAUGUUAAUUCCUUGUUAAUUCCUGAUUUCUUUUUAAAACUUUGGUUUUUGUGGCUCCAGCAAAUCCACUUGUGAUCUAAUUAUGGAAAAUUCUAUGAGUAAAAUUAUUUGAUAUCCUUUGGGCUUCUGUGGACAAUGGCUUUGAAAAUACCAUCAAUUGUGUUAAAAGAUUGUUAUGAUUAGAAAAAUGGGCAACUCUGUAGCCUCUGUUUUAUUGAGGGCACCCGUACAAUGGUUUGGAGUGUAACUGAAUCAGUUGUUUUCACAAUUAUUGUGUACAAUGGUUCCAGUUUAUAAAAAAAUAGUGCUUAAAAUUAGUACCAUGUGAAUCUCUGAUUUCUGGCAAUUGAUACUUAUUUCACAAAAAAAUAUUAAAAAUUGCAAGAUUUCACUUCAUGUGUAAAAUAUCUGUAUUACGGAAAAUGAAUCUUGCUUAAGAACACUUUCUUUCUGGAUUGGGGAAGAUUCUAUCACAAGCUGCUGCUGUACAGCCUGUCUAUUCAAGAUGAAUGGGCUGUAUACACAACAGCAGUUGGGUUGGUACUAAAGUUGAGUUGUCAAGGAUUUGCAAUUCAGUUUAAUUUACUUCUUCAUUUGAAAUGUACAUUGUAUUAAGGGGAUGCUGUCAGUAUGUUUUUAUCUGAAAACUUUUAUAACUGUUCGUAAUAUCUAAGAACGUUGAAUUUCUUUCCUGUCUGUUUUUUUUAAAAGAAUAAUAUUUGAUCUCUUCCUUCCCUGUGCAGCAUUUCCAGAUGUCACAUGAUCUAUGUCCAUCUUCUGAAUGUCAUUAUUUUUAACUAUUUCAGAGAUACCACAGUAGCUCUGGAAGCCAGUAUUGGUGCUUAUGUACCUUCACCACACUGGAGAGCUUUUCGUUACUUGACUAUAUCCAUUGUGUUUUUGAGCAAUCUUUAAUGGAAUGUUACGUUCUUCUGUUAGAGAGGGCACAAAGAAAGCCCACGGGAAUUAAUAAAAACCACAAUUCAUUUUAUCAGGCUUUGAAUUAAGCCUUGUGAUAUUUUUGAGGAACUGGUAUUUUAAUGUUAACAAAUGAAUGUUGACACAGUGAAUAAUUACUGAAAGGUCAAAACGCUUUUGAGUUUUUUGUUAGAUCUGUUAUGCAAAUCACAAUUGUACAAUUAUAACCUUUUCUCAAGUGUGGUUCUUUCACACAGUAAACAGCUUCCACUGGAUGCCUGUUUUAGCAUGUCAUUCUUGCUCCCCACUUCUGUUAAUCUACAUUCAGGGCUUGGGGUAGCUUUCGAGAGUGCUGUGGUUUCAUUCUGCUAAUCUCUAUAUUAUAUAUUGCAAGGAAUGUAAACCUGAAAAAAAUCUGCUACUGCAGAAAAGGGUCAAGAGCUUUAAUCCAAGAUUCCAUUUAAAUGAUGCACAGUGCUUAAUAACUAAAAGAAAUGUACAGGCAGCUAGGUGGAUUUUUGCUUGUAGGCAAAGGUUACCAUUUAGUACUAGCAAUGGGAAUUAAAAAAAAAUCAUAAUACCAAAGUUAAUCUGCAGUGAAGAUUUUGCCAGUGAACAUGCAGUUCCUAGAUGCAAGGAGUACCUUCGAGCUUGAGUGAGGAAAAGUCUGUUUUGCACACAUGCUGGUGCCUAGCUACAAAGAACCAGUAAUUCAUUUUAAAACACUGUAAUACGUCUAGAGUUCAGAAUGUGAUCUCGAUUAGUAACUGACCACAGUAGAAUAUGAAAUAAAUUGAAGAGGCACUGAA